CAGGUAAACCGGUUGGUCACAGAGAUAAAACAGUCCAGUAUUUAUUAGGAUAAUUAUACAUGGUGCAUUUUAAAUACCAAGAUAUCCGUCAACUGCUGAUUCACAUACUGUUCAUAAAUGCAGAUAGUGAGCACUUGCUGAUUCAGAUACUGUACUUAAAUAUCAAGACAAUGAGCACCUGCUGAUGCAGAUACUGUACAUGCUGAUUCAGAUAGUGUACAUAAAUAUAGAAAAAGAAUGUGAGCACUUGGUGAUUCAUAUACUGUACAUAAAUCCCAAGACAGUGAGCACUUGCGGAUUCAGAUACUGUACAUAAAUACCAAGACAGUGAGCACUUGCGGAUUCAGAUACUGUACAUAGAGACCAAGACAGAGAGCACUUGUUCAUCCAAAAAAGAUCAUAUUCUACAGAAUAUUGGGGAACUAUAAUUUAGAUAGACAGAUCUUGUCUUAAAUGAAUUAAUAAUGAAGUUGACCAUGAGAAACACCAGUCUGGUCAAGAUAUGCUGCUAUUUAAUACUCUUUGUUUUGGGUGUGGAAUUUAUUUUCAUUAAUGCAACUCUGAUUUGGCUUUUUCUCAAAAUCAAAAAUGAACUUGCAGCUUUCAGUGAGCUUCAAGAUUUCUCAAUGGAAAAAGUUUUGAAACAUUUCAAUAUGGAGAAAGCACUUCACUAUGGAAAACAUGGAGGUUUUGUAAACAUAAUGCAAGAAACCAUUGAGAGAGUGUACAUGGUAACAUAUCCUCCACAGACCAAAACCAGUAAAGAACCACAAAUCAGUUUCUUUGGUAUUGAUUUCUCUCAAAAUAGGGAGGCAUCUUUAUUAAUAAAGAGAAUAAAUUCGAGACGGAACUUUCCAUAUAAAAGGUUGAUUGUAGAUAUCGGAGCUAAUGAUGGAUUAUUAUCAAGUAAUUCAUUUAAUUUUAUUCAGUGGGGAUGGAGUGCUGUUUUAGUGGAACCACAGAUCACAGAAAUUCAAAUGGCUAAAGUUAAUACAUUUAGAUACGUUGACCCAUACAAUGAUAAAAGUCAAAAUGUCAGUUUUGUAAGAGCAGUCGUUGGUCCAAAGAACGGAAUAGAAACCUUUGUGCUUACAUCCAAAUCAUUUUUCUCUGAGAGCCAUAUCUAUAAUCCAGACGAACGGCUUACCAAAAAAGACAUUACUAUACAAGUUCAAAGUUAUACAGUAGGAGAGAUAGCCAAAAUGAAUAAUAUCCCAAAAUAUUUUGGAAUUUUAUCUAUAGAUGCAGAAGGGUCCAGUUAUAAGAUUUUAAAGCAGUGGUUACUACUUGGUUAUAGACCAGCAUAUAUUAUAUGUGAAACUAUACACGAAAAACCGUUGGAAACUUAUUAUAAAGCAAUGGUAGCUAAGGGUUAUCGUAUAAUGUCUGAAAUUGGCUGGAAUGUGAUAUUUGAAUACCAAGAAGAUGUACAUGAUGAUGACAAUGAAUUCUGAAAAUCAGAAGGUGGUGGUAACAUAGAUCUCAUUUUGGUUUGGAUAUUUUGGGAUAUUUAUACCCCUAACCUGUGACUGGACUUUUUGACCAUUUUAAUACCUGAGACAGGAGAUAAUUUUACAAGUCUGCUUCCUGCUUUUUAGAAUGAAGUUUUGUAAUCAAGUGCAGUCAGAACAUGAAAUCCUGUGUAUAACUUUGUCAAGUAUGCAACAGUUGCAGCGGAAAUGAAAAGUGGUGGGUCUACUAGGAAACCAAUGAAACUUUAGCUUCAGCCAUCUUAUCCUGGAGCGGACCUAGAAUUGACUUUAGUCUACAGUGCUUUAAAAAGUUAGGUCUAGAAUAGAGAAGUUAUUAUAUUGGAUGAAUAACCACUGUAAUAGCCAAGAGAGAGAGAGAGAGAGGUCCACUUCACACAAACCAGGUCAUUUUGGGACUAAAAUGGUUCAAUGUUAUAUCAAUAAUUUGUGUGCGCAUAAGGGGCCUUUUCUUUAAAAAAUAACAUGAGGUUUAAAAGACAACUAUGCCUCUUGACUCAAUUACAGACCUUUUAUGUUCUCAAGCCCAUGCUUAAGACCAUACUUGUUUUAAGAUUUUGUACAAUUAUAGGCCUAUUAAUGUUAGAUAAUAUAGAACUUUUUUUACUUA